ACAGAGUGUAUGCCCAUCGCUAAGAAGUCAUAAGACUGGUUGGCCGCCAUUCGCCAUAGUCGUUGCUCCACUCUCUCGUCUCUUAAUUUGUUCUUUCCUCGCUCUCCCUUCUCUCUGCUCGUCCCCGCUGCAGCAGAUGGCCAGAUGGGACGAGAUCCUGUCCCUUCCUGUGCAGAAUCCUCCUACCUUGGAGUUCUCUGCAGGUGAUCUUCUGUGGUCUAAGGUUGAAGGUUGGCGUGACAAUAUAGAUAGAGUUGCUUUAAUACCAUUUGCUAGAGUGGAUGAUUUUGUACGGGGUGAAUCUUCAAAUAAAGACUGCCCAACAAGAUUUCACGUAGAAGCCAGAAGGCGGCGGCCUCCAGAGAUGGCAUACAAGCCAAAAGUUGAUGGCAUUCUUGAAUAUAUAUUAUAUUGGUGUUCCUUUGGUCCUGAUGAUCACAGGAAGGGUGGCAUUGUACGACCCAGUAGGAGUACUUAUGUCCCAAAGAAGAAGUCUGCUGGUCGGCCAAAUACAAAGAGAGGUUGCACCUGCCACUUUAUUGUGAAACGCUUGAUUGCUGAGCCAACAGUAGCGCUGAUCAUAUAUAAUCAAGACAAGCAUGUGGACAAGAAAGGACUACCAUGUCAUGGCCCCCAGGACAAGAAGGCUGCUGGUACUCGUGCUAUGUUUGCCCCAUAUAUUUCAGAGGAUCUCCGCCUCCGCGUCUUGUCUCUUCUGUAUGUUGGGGUCUCAGUGGAAACCAUAAUGCAGCGGCACAAGGAGUCAGUGGAUAGACAAGGGGGACCAUGUAACCGUGAUGACCUUUUAACUCAUAGGUAUGUCCGGAGACAGGAGAGGAGCAUCCGCCGUUCUACUUAUAAACUGGAUGCAGAUGAUGCAGUUAGUAUUAGUUUGUGGGUUGAAAACCACCAGAGUCAUGUCUUCUUUUUUGAAGAUUUUUCCAAUUCUGACCCAUUCGUUUUGGGUAUUCAAACGGAAUGGCAAUUGCAACAAAUGAUUCGGUUCGGAAAUCGCAGUCUUUUAGCUUCAGAUUCAAGGUUUGGCACAAACAAAUUGAAGUAUCCUGUUCACAGCCUCCUUGUGUUCAACUCAGACAAUAAGGCUAUCCCAGUUGCUUGGAUAAUAUCACCGAGAUUUGCAAGUGGGGAUGUGUAUAAGUGGAUGAUGGCACUUUAUAAGAGAGUGCACACAAAAGAUCCUACGUGGAAGUUGGCUGGGUUCAUAGUGGAUGAUCCUUCAGUUGAUAUCCUUGCCAUCAGGGAUGUUUUUCAAUGCUCUGUGUUGAUAUGCUUUUGGCGGGUCCGCCAUGCCUGGCAUAAAAAUUUGGUUAAGAAAUGCUCUGAAACUCAGAUGCGUGUUGAGAUUUCGAAACGGCUUGGACAGGCAGUACAUGCCAUCUGCAGGGGACAUGAAACAGUCGAUCUGUUUGAGGAUUUCAUGGAAGACUUUAUUGAUGGCUCAGACUUCAUGGAUUACUUUAAGGCAAUUUGGUAUCCUAGAAUAGGAAUGUGGACCACUGCACUGAAAACACUUCCUCUUGCCAGCCAGGAGACGUGUGCAGCAAUGGAAUUUUACCAUAAUCAACUGAAGCUCAGGUUGCUAAAUGAAAAGGACCCUAAUGUUUAUCAACGUGCUGAUUGGUUGGUGGAUAAGUUGGGUACAAAAGUGCAUUCCUUCUUCUGGCUUGAUGAGUAUUCGGACAAAGAUGGUUUUGCAAGAUACUGGAAAGAUGAGUGGGUUAGUGGUUUAACAUCUUGGCGCAAAGCAUUGAAAAUCCCAGACUCAGAUGUUGUCUUUGAAGGCGGGUGUGCAAAAGUUAUAAAUAAGGGUGAUCAAGAUAGAGCUCAUGUUGUAAGGAACCCUGGUUCGGAGUUCUCUAUUUGUGAUUGUAGUUGGGCACAAAUGGGCAACCUAUGUGAGCAUGUUUUCAAAGUUAUUAUAAUCUGUCGCUUGAAGGGGUCUGCUUUGCCAUCUACCAGCCUACUGCAGUACAACAAGGCUUUAAAUAAUAUGCUUAGCUGCCCACCCCAUGAUUCUUUGAUACGUGAUCAUGCUGUUUCUUUGGCUGUUUCUGUACAAAUGCUGCUAAAUGCAUUAGUUGGUCCAGAUAGCAGCCAGACUAUUGUGGAUCUUGGUCAGCAACAAGUUGGUCUAAAUUCUGCUAAUCAAGAUAGAAGUUUGGUGAAUGAGAACUGCCAUACAAUUGAGAAAAUGUCAUCUGAUAAUAAUAAUGGCCAAAGGGUUGGAUGCAACCGUCCAGGUGAUCUUGGAGGUGAUUUGCGUAGUGAGUUGAUUGGUGGGGCAGUUAGUAGCAAUGGCAUUUGUGGUGAGAGUGCCAAGGAAGAAAUUCCUCGUGCAGAGAUGGAUAUUGAUCCAUCAUCCCUCUGCACCUCUACCCCUGGAUUAUUUUCAGUUAAUGGGGUUUUGUCUAGUGAUGGAUUCUUUGAGAAUGAAGAGAGGGUUUGCAUUAAUGCAGGCCUAGAUGCAAGUGAGAAUCUUCUUUCCAAAGACAGUGCCUUGCCGAAUCAGAAUGGGUUUGAAGAUAGCUUGGAUAAAUGUCAGGAGAGUGUGAUGGAUGUUGAGCUGCCGUCCAUUGAUAUCCCUGUGUCAGGAAUGGAGUUUCUGGAGCAGCGCACAGUGUGCCCUCAUCAGAACACUAUUUGCAGCAAUGAUGCUGCAGAGACAGCAUUACAAUCUAAAACAUUAGAUGCCGAUCCCCCAUCCAACAAGGCAUCCCUUUCUGUAUCCAUGCCCACUGAAUUACAUACAGAUGAUGCAGUUGAAGCUUCAGGCAUCAUGGAAGGGAAUGAAACAAUAGAAAUGAAAGAGAAUGCAAGCCCAAGUAGGAUUCUGUCUUCUGCUGAUAAGACUUUCCCAUUAGAAGGGGUCCAAGGAAGCAGGACACAUGAUUCUAAUCUUGGUCAUGACACUCAGGAUGCUGUCGAUGAGCUGGGCACGCAGCCAAUCUUACUGGAAACUUGCCCACCCAAGUCGAGUUUCAAGGAGCUACAGACAGAGACUCCUGUUGAGCCUGGAGGUUGUGAAACCAGUUCUUCUGAGAAGCAGUCUGUGGCUAAAUCUUUUGGAAGUAGAUGUGAGGAUAAAAAUGGUGAUUGUCAUGAGAAGGAGAUUGGGCAGUUAGAAGGUGACAAUUGUGCUACAGUUGCUAAGGAAACUGUUUCAGGGGAAUCUGCCCAUGCCUCUCCCGAAAGGACAGUCUCAUAGAGUGUGAAUUCUUGCAAGCACUGCAGUUAGUUGGGGCCAGGAGAAAUCAAUUCCUCUUGGCUUCACUUCUCAAGUUGCAGUGUCACUGCUGCAACUCCUGGGAUCUCAAGGCGCUUCUUUGCACAAUGCCACUGCUUAUGGCGCUUCUCCAUACGGCAUCACAGCUUAUGACACCUGCUUCUCUGGCAAGCUGCUGCCGGCUGCUUCUCCGGAAAAGGUCUCUCUCUCUCUCUCUCUCUCUCUCUGCUUUGUGGCGGUGCUCAACUCUCAUCCCUAAUGUGUCAUGUGUACAAAGUGUUUGCUAAAAUGGCCAAUGAGGGACUUCAUUCUAGAAAUGCAUUUUUCGUUUUAAAUGGUAAAAAGGAAAAUAAAAGCAGAAUGAUCAUAUAUCCACCAAAUGCCCUCAAAACUCAUUAAAAUUUUUAUUCAAAUGACUUAUUUGUGAAUGGACUUUGGGUUGUUUGUUGAUUUCUGGUUUAUUUUGUAGAUUAUGGAACAUAUUAUGUGGUUUAAAGUGGCAGUUUUUGUAUGGUUAUUUGCAUUUUCUGGCAGCAGAGGUAACUGAUGGUGUUCUUAUAUUUGAAUGCUUCUGAUUUUCAGCUGUGUCUCGGCAACUGCUUUUAUGCUAUUUCUUUGAAUCGAAGGCAACUAAAAAAUUUCUAAUGUUUGGGUUUCAUUUAAAUACAAAACAGCCCCACUGAACUGAUUUCUCUAUGGUUAACUGCUGAACUGAUUUCUCUCCCAAAAUAGUGGUUAAUUGAAUGACUUUUCUUUUAACAGGUUAUGCUUUUAGGAUGAUUAGAGAUUUAAGUAAUAGUGUUAGGGGAAACUUAUUUGUUGCAUUGGAUUUGAAGCAAGUUCCCUAGUCUUUUGAUAGCAUUUAAAGCAGUCUAUUUGGUUUGUUCAUCACCUGCUUAAUGGAAGAAGUCAUAUUAGGAUGUCAGUUGAUUACUAAUUUCAUAUUUGUCUUGGUGAUGAUAUGGUGAUGUCAGUAUGCCUCUUCUGUUUCCAAUUUCUAUAUAAAACACCACAAACUGUAUCAAUUUUCAUGGGAAUUUUUUUCCCAAUUUUUUAUUUUUUUGGUUGGGCAAAUUUUCAUGGAACUGUUAACAUCCCUUUCAUUCUCUAAUAUAGUUUGAAAUAAUUUACUUGGACCAUUACCUUGAAGAGGCACCCUUGCCCAGCCACUAAUGUGUCUCACUGCAAAUAUCAUUUUAUUAUACUUGCCAGGUUUCUAGUGAAUUUGAGGAAUUUGAAUUGAUCACUAAAGUCUCUCACUGCAAAUGUCAUUUUAUUAUAUUUGUAGCUGUUACAUAUAGACUCUAGUGCUGUUCAGGCUUUGAAGGACCUGCAUCAGGGUUACAAAUCACGCGACAUUCGGGUGUGAAGUCCCCUCUGAUGCAGUCCAAAAUUCAAAUUUAUUUUGAGUUGUUCAAAUUGUUAUCUGGUUGUUCUGUGUUUUUUUUUAAAUGUAGAUUGUCAUUUCCGAUCCAAACCGAGAAGUUUUGCUCACCCUAUCAAGAUCUGGUGCAGUAGAUCUUACAGUUAAGGAGUGGUACUUUGUGAGUGUCCAUGAUGCAGUUCAAGUCUGCUUGCAGCAUGUCCAAAGCUGAAAUGAAAUGUCUAGGACAUCCCAUAACUUUCUAUUCCAAAGACUGCUGAAACAGAGAGCAGAGAACUUGUCUGUCCAAGGUUGAACUGGAUUUGGGCAACUGGGCAAGAGAAUACCCCCAAUCUCCAGGGAUGGUGACCCACAACUGGAGCCAUUGUUGUUUCGGAAGUCCAAAAAUCUGUUGGCAUCUUUAGCACAUACACAUUGAUGCCAUUUUUUAGCUAGGCAGUGGCAAUAAUUAUUUUUGACUCCCAUUUUUGAUGAGGAUCUGGUUUUGAUUCUUUUCUUGUUCGUUCCUCUUUGUAAAAUGUAGCAUAAUUCAACAAUGUAGUGUAUCUAUUUUCAUUGUAUUCUAAUAGCAGCUUGUUCAUGCCUUAACAAAUGCACUCACCUUACAUGUAAUUAUCUGAGAGUGGCAUGAUUUAAUUUUUCCCCCAUUGUAAAACUCUGCUCAUUGUUCACCUUUGUUUUUGUUUUGCUAUUUGUUGAGUUUGUACUCCGGGUCUAAUGAAUGUACAUACCAGAUUUUUCAUACGGAAUGAAUGCCUUCAGCUUCUAA